UCAGUUAGACACUGCGUCACUCACAGAGGAAGUAAGACUCGAUGCACUCCCACUGCCACUGACACAGACUUUAAGAACAACACGGUCACAAAGUGUGAGUCCAGCUGGCUUAAUUGAGGAUUAUUCUUUGGAGCAUCUUUACCGAGUAAAUUAAAGAACGCAGUGGAAGAUGUCGUGUCUGAAGUGCCUGAAGUACACCAUGUGUGUGGUGAACUUCAUCUUUUUUAUCUGUGGGGCUACUGUCUUCGGAUUGGGCAUUUAUUUGAUGACAUUCUCCAGGUUCCCUUCCCUACUCCCCAGUCUUCAGGCUAUGAACAUCGCAAACACUCUUUUCAUCACUGGGAUCAUUAUCACCUGUGUCUCCUUUUUGGGUUUUCUCGGAGCCCUGAAGGAAAAUCGAUGCCUGCUUAUAUCUUUCUUCAUAUUGUUGUUCAUUCUAAUGCUGGCUGAGCUGGCUGCUGCCUGCCUUUUGCUGAUGUACGAGACACAGAUUGACAGCUUCAUUAAUGAAGAUCUUAAUAAAGGUUUGCAAAGUUCCAUAAACAACAGAAAAACACCUAAUACCACAAUUGAUGAUGAUUGGGACAAAGUGCAAAGAACAUUUAAAUGUUGUGGAAUUUCUAACCAUACACAAUGGGGGACUACUGUGCCGGAGUCAUGCAACAACCCUGAAAAAAACCCGCAAUACUGGCCAGAUGGUUGUUUCACAAAGCUGAAGGACACGUUUGAGAAAAACCUCUUGAACACCGGGGUUGGCGUCAUUGUUAUCUGCAUUAUUGAGGUCUUGGGUAUGUGCUUCACCAUGACCCUGUUCUGCCACAUAAGUCGAAGUGGAUUAGGAUAUAAAUGAUCACAAACAUUUCCCUAGAAGAAAUAUCUCCAUCUUUCACCAUUUGGGUUUUAAGUAACUUGUCUCACAAUACCCAAACACAGCCAGUAAAAGACAAGAUGGCUCGCAGUUCUUACACAGAUGCUUUCUUCUAUGUGUAUGGUAUUUGUCCUCCUCUAAGAAAUGGUGAUACAAACCCAUAAUUAUUGUAACUGCAUUAAUAUUAUCAUCAGAUUUUGAAUGUAUGAAUAAGUUAUUAAAGCAAGCAACAAAAAAAUAUUAUAUUAUUAUUUAGCCUACGGCCAUCACAGCUUAAUAUGAACAUUUCUAGGGGGUUUAAACACUGAAUUCACCCACUUUCAUAUGAUUGUCAAGUUAUAAAGAGAUUGUAAGAGAUCUCCCAUGUUAAUCAUCUUUACACAAAGACAAAAGGCCACAUUGCACUGUAUAUAAGUACUGAUUACCUUUCAAUGUGAUUUAAUUAAAUGUUGAGUUUGACCUCAUGUUCCUGUAACUGACUUGUUACAUAGACUAUUUUUGACUUGUUACAUAGACUACAGUUAAACAAUGCACAGCAUUUAUUUCUGAUCACUUCCUUUUCGGACGAGCUGCAGCGGUGACUAAACCAUGUGAUUAUAUGCACAGAGUGGAAACCACACGCUUUUUUUUAAAUGACAUCAUUUGUAAUGCACAAUACUGUUAAUAUAUUCUCUCUUAUUUUCUCUGCAAAGUAAUGGAAAUUAAACUAAAACAGGAUUAAA